UUGCAAUAGUCUUAGUUAUGUUUCUGGAAAAAAUGAUGAACUAAAAGAAAAGGUUUCUGAAUUAGAACCAAAGAUAGAACAAGAGGAAGCUGAAAAAGCUAGUUUGGAAGAAAAAAGAGAAGAAAUGUUUAUGGAGUUGAAAAAUAAAGAUGAGGAAUUGGAACUUGUUUCAGCAGAUCUAGAAGAUGCUCUUUACGAAAAUGGAACACUAAAAGAAGAAAACGAGAAAUUAAAACAAGAAUUAGCGGAAAAUUCAAAAGAUUUAGAAGAUAUUAAGUUAGAAAAUGGAGAACAAAAAUCAGAAAUUAGUCAGUUAAAAGGAAAAUUAACGAAUAAUAAAACAAAUACUUCAGAUAAUAAUAAUAACAUAAUAAUGAUUCAAAUAAGAAAUUGUAUUAGAAACAAAAAGUAA